AUGGUUCUGAAAGCAAAUAUCAGUUGCACAGUCAUCGGAUGGGGUAGACGCAAUGGUCUUGAAGGAGCCGAUUACGAACCGACAGUAAACGAAGUCCAAGUUCCCGUACUGGACAGAGAUCUGUGUAACGCGUGGCUAAAACAGAAGGACGUUAACAUCACGGAGGGCAUGAUAUGCGCUGGGUACGAGCAGGGCGGCAAAGACGCGUGCCAGGGCGACUCGGGUGGUCCGCUGCUGUGCCCGAUGGAAGGAUACAGAGACCGGUGGUUCGUGGGUGGCAUCGUCAGCUGGGGCGUGGAGUGUGCAACCCCAAGCCUGCCAGGUGUGUAUGUCAACGUGCCCAUGUACACGGAUUGGAUCAAGAACAACAUACGCACCGACCAGCUGUUUUCGUCGACGGACGACGAGUAUUGA